CUGCUUGGAUAUACACAUAUAUAAUGAUUCCUCUUAGGAAUUGGUUUACCUCAAACAAAAGCUUUCUGUACAAAGAACACCAAUGGCUCCUGGAAAUUCAGCUGUAAAGAAGACACUCUGCAGCCUCUUCACAUCUUUAAGAGAAGCUCCGAUGGCCACGGCCGCCGUGACCCUUCACAUCUCCCCGGAGCUGCAGCUCAAAGCUCCACUGAGCACCGCGCUGCGGGAGGCGGCUGAAGGUCGCGUCACUGUGGAAGAGUUGGAGAGCUCUGCAGCGCCGUUGCCAUGGGCUUUAGUGCAAGCGGACUUCAACUACGUCAGCCAGUGGACAGUUGCUAGCGCCAAGGACCCCUUCGCCCCGCUGGGCACGCGCUGCGCCGCGGCGCUGUGCUUCGCGGAGGCGACGCAGGCGACGUCGGCGGUGGAGGCGCUGAGCGCCUGGUGGCCAUCCAAAGCAGCUGAGUGCCCAGGAGCCCGGCUGCUUUUGGUGCUCAUCGGUCCCAAACAGGCCUCCUUACGUGUGGAUGCUGCUGAGUGCCUCACUGAGGCCUUAUUGACCUUGCAGAUGGACUUUGUGGAAGUUCGAUCAGCCCCACUGGCCGCGGCCUACGCGGUGCAGUGCGCGGAGAGUGUGGCCAAGAGCCGUGGACGUGCGCUGCCCUCGCGGUUUAAGGUGGCAGGGGCCAAGUGCCAAACUUUGCCAAAAGAUCCGUCAGACAGGCUCGCAACAACUUGGGUGUCGCAACUGAUGCAAGUGCAAGGGAUGUCAGAGGAGAUUGCCAAGGUGGUGGCUGAACGCUUCAACAGUCCAUUUGCCUUCAUGGAGGCGGUGGAGGCCACUUGUUCCGCUCAUCCAGAGGUGGUCUCCACAUUGGGUGAUAGACCUUGGGCCGGCCUGUACACAUCCAACGUGAAGACACGUCCAUCCAACGUGAAGACUGGUUGGGUGGAAAAGGUUCCAGCCGUCUUCCAGUGCUCAUCAGUGAACCCUGAGGCUUUGCAAGGUCAGACAGGUGCGCCCGCGAAGCAAGGGAAGCACGCGCAUGAGCAGUGCGAAGAUGAGCAUCACCAUGGUGCCAUGGAGGAGUUGCGCCGGUGCCGGAAAGACGGACUGGUGCGCUGCCGUGCAUGCCGACAGAGCCAGAAGCGCUUGGAAGAAGUAGUCGGCACCCGAGGCUUGGACUUGGCCGCGCACUUCCGCUCGCGGCAGCUCACGCAGCGGGCGAAGGGAAGCGGCGUCGAGGUGGUCGCCAGCUCACCUGAACCAGAGGAGGCAGAGGAGGACGACCCGAAGGGGACGGGAAGGCCCGGCGCGGCGGAGUUUCCGAUCGACCCGGCUGGAUCGUUGCGCUUGGAAGAUGAGACCACAGACGUUCCAACGUCCACCAUGUCGCCCUCCUCCGAGAAAAACAGCGGAUCGUCCGAUGCCCCCGCGAUGCCACGAGGGAGAAACCUCCAAACACGAGGCGGAAAGUGCUUGCACAUCGGCUGUGAUGUUUGUGCCAGAUGGUUUGUGGUGGAUCAAGUCCUUUUUGAUCAUUGGCGAAACGCCAAGUUCACUUGCUGCAUGAUUGGCGAGACAUGCAGCCGGAAGGAGCUGCACACCUCCUUGGUGGCGGUCCCCUCGAUGGUGCCGCAGAGCUUCUC